AUGUUAACCCGGUCUGGCCCGAUGGUUUCUUUCGACAGGCCCGCCCGGUUCGUGGAAAAAGUUCUCCGGGUCAGGUCGGGCCGGAUCAGGCAGGGUUGGGCCGAGCCCGGCGGCUCGUUUCGAGGCCUGCAACACACGAACAAGAAUAUGUACGAUUCAUCUUGCCGGCCACAAACUUUAAAUGAAUUUCUCUCAUUUUCAAGGUGA